GAGCGGCGGGGAUGGCGCGGACCAAGGCGAGCGGCGGGGCCGGGCGCAAAGUGCUGGUCGCCAGGGCUCCCCGGAAGGUGCUGGGCUCCAGCAGCCUCAACGCGGGACCGUCGCCGGCCGCCAAGAGAGGCAAAGGUCGCCGUGGAGGGGGGAACCCCGCGUGCCCCAGGCCCGCACCCGCCUGGCAGAAGGGCAUCGGCGAGUUCCUGCGGCUGGCGGAGAAGGAGAACCGGGAGCCCGACGGAGAGGCGGUCCCCCUGUGA